AUGGAAUCCAGCCGGUCUUCAGAUGAGCAGUGCUCGUCGUGCUCGACGUCUGCGCCUUCGCCGCCGCACUCGAGCUUCGCGUCGGAAGACUCGACGGCAGUCAACACGGCUGUUCCCACCCGACGCAACAGUCUCUCCCUUGCCGCACACCUCUCUUCGACAGUGCCGGGAACGGCGACACCGCAAAAGUCGCCUCGUUCGGUGCACGGCGGUGUCUCGCCCAAAUGUCUCGCCCAACGUCUGUUGCAGCAACAACAACCGUCGUCCAACGCUAGCAAAGGCAUGAGCGAACACAUCGAUACGUGCCCUAAUACGCUCGUUGCCAACUCGCCACGCACCUCGCUGGACAAACUCGAGCGCGCGAAACUCGACGUGGACGAGAUCGACAAGAUCGAGCGCGACAUCGAAAAGGUGGUGACCGAGCCGGGGCCGGCACCCGAUGGUGGGCUGCAGGCAUGGCUCGUGGUGGCAGGCACAUUCGUGCUCAUCAUGACCAACUUUGGCCUGCUCACAUCCUACGGCGUCUUCCAGUCGUACUAUCUGUCGCACCAGCUGGCGCACCUGCCGUCGUCGACGGUGAGCUGGAUCGGAAGCCUGCAGACAUUCAUGAUCCUCGGUGGCUCGUUUGUAUUCGGCAAGCUCUCGGACGACUACGGUAGUCGAUGGGUCGUGGUCUGCGGCAGCGUGAUCACCUUCAUCUCGAUGCUGUGCGUUUCGUUCUGCACCACACUUGUUCAGCUGAUCAUGGUCCAGGGUGUAGCGUUCGGGCUGGGAGGAAGCAUGCUUUUCCUUCCCGGAUGUGCGUUGGUCAACCAGUACUUUGAUAGGAAGAAGGGGACCGCCAUGUCGGUCAUUAUCGGUGCGGCUAGUUUUGGUGGCAUCAUUUGGCCGCUGAUUCUGCAGGCGCUGUUCGACCAUCCCAAGAUCGGUUUCGCUUGGGGCGUCAGGAUCGCCGCGCUGCUGCUGGCCAUUUUGCUGACGAUUAGCAAUGUGCUCAUGCGACCGAGGUUGCCGCCGAACAAGCCGGGGAUGCGUCAGCCUUGGUCGCAGGCUUGGACACUCCUCACCACGGAUGUGCGCACCUACACGCUGUUCGUCGUCGGCACGGGAGUGCUGUUCAUCAACUUCUUCGUACCGUUCUUCACGAUCGCAUCGUACGCAAAGCGGGUCGGCUUCAGCCCGGCCAUGGCGACACACAUGGUGGCGAUUAUGAAUGCAGCCAGCAUGGUGGGUCGUCUGGUGUCCGGCCCGCUCGCAGACAGGUACGGCCGCUUCAACGUGCUCUCGCUCUUUGGCUUGAGCUCCGUCCUGGCGCUCAUCCUCUUUUGGCCAAUCCCCGGUCUCACACUCACAAAAGCAGGGGUGGUGACGCUGUCGAUUACGUACGGUGUGGCGUCAGGCGGCAGCAUCGCCACCGUGUCGUCGUGCGUCGCCCAGAUCUCGCCCAAGCACGCAGGUGCCCGUCUCGGGCUCAUGUGGACCAUCGCUGCCCCCGGCACACUCGUCGGACCAGUCAUCUCCACCACACUCGUCAACAAGAUGGACGGCAAGUACACCGCGCUCGCCAUCUGGGCGGCGGGCACCACCCUCGUUGGAUCCAUCAUCAUCACGCGCGUCCGAUUCCACCUCGCCAAAGGCCAGUGGCGAGCCAAGGUCUAG